AUGAAGCGUGUGCAACGGGGGCAUGUUACACUAAAAUGCUGGGAUAUUGGGGGGCAGCCGCGUUUUCGCACCAUGUGGGAGCGGUAUUGCCGUGGUGUCAACGCCAUCGUCUUCAUCGUAGACAUUGCGGAUGUAGAGCUCAUCCCCCAGGCCAAGGAGGAGCUUCACUCCCUCAUGGCCCAGCCGUCCCUAGGGGGGAUCCCCUUGCUUGUUCUCGGCAACAAGUCUGACCUCCCGGAGAAGCUGUCGGUCGAUGAGCUGAUUGAUGAGCUAGACCUGAAAAGCAUCCAGCAACGUGAGGUCUGCUGUUACGGCAUCAGUGCCAAGCACGAGACAAAUCUCGACGCCGUGGUGCAGUUCCUGGUGAAGUGGGCUGGUCGAUGA